AGUCCUGGUUUGGAUCGGAAGCAAAACAUCGUUACAUCGGCGUGCUGAUGCUGACCCUCACUCCUCAAAUCCUGAGGGAGCUGAAACUGCGAGAUCCCAGAUUCCCAAAUGUCUCCUACGGCGUUUUAAUCCACAAAGUGAUCACUGGCUCUCCAGCGUAUCUAGCUGGAGUGAGGCCGGGCGACAUUGUCCUGGAGAUAAAUGGCCGUGUGGUGAAGACGGCGGAGGACGUUUACCGGGCGGUUCACCGGGAGAACUCGCUGACCGUGGUGGUGCGCAGAGGCAGCGAGGAACUCAUGAUCAAUAUUGUCCCCGAGGUCCCAGAGUGACAGA